GUCGCUAGACUCACCAGAACCGGGCGCAGCCGGCAUCGCGUGCGCGCCCCCGCUGGCAGGGUCGUGCACGUACAGCGGGAGUGCGCCUGGUCGCUCGCGUAGGUCUCAGUCUCUAGUGUCGGGGUGUCGGGCCCGCGCCCGGAGCGAGCAGUGUCCGCGAGAAUGGGUGAUGAUGAUGAUGACAACGACAUCCCUCAGCUUUCAUCCCAUACGCUGGCUGCCCUGCAGGAGUUCUAUAUAGAUCAGCGACAGAGAGAGGGCACAAAGAUCUCCCAAGGGUUUAAACAGUAUUCCGUUGGCUCAAUAGAGGAGGACUGGCAGUUGAGCCAGUUUUGGUAUGAUGAUGAAACUGCAUUGUGCCUGGCUAAUGAAGCUGUUCUGGCAGCUGGAAGAGGUGGCAGGAUAGCGUGUGUUAGUGCUCCAAGUGUUUACCAGAAACUGAAAGAACAGGAUGGCAAAGAUUUUUCAGUGUGUAUACUGGAAUAUGACAAAAGAUUUUCUGUAUAUGGAGAGGAAUUUAUCUUUUAUGAUUACAACAACCCAUUGAAUUUACCUGGAAAUCUCAUACCACACAGUUUUGACAUAGUAUUAGCGGAUCCACCCUAUCUGUCUGAAGAGUGUCUCAGAAAAACAGCAGAGACAAUCAAAUACUUAACAAAAGGAAAGAUUCUGCUCUGUACAGGUGCAGUCAUGGAGGAGCAGGCAGCGAAGCAUCUUGGUGUGAAGAUGUGCAAUUUUACUCCAAAACAUACACGAAACUUAGCCAAUGAAUUUCGAUGUUAUGUGAAUUAUGAUUCUGGACUAGACCAUGAUUCUAGCUGUUCAGAGUGUACAUAAAAUAAGCGAAACAGUCUAUCAA